AUGGACGCGCCCGGCGAGCCGCCUUCGGUCCCCAGCGCCGGCCCCGGGGGCGCGGCGGCGGCGGCGGCGGAGCGGGGCCCGAGCCCGCAGGCGGCCGCCGAGGAGGAAGAGGAGGCGGCGGCGGCGGCUUGCGCGGAGGUUUACGAUUUGCGCCGCCAGCCCCCCGAGCUGGCUGCGGCCGGGAGCGCCGGGCAAGCGGCCGGUGUGGCAGCGGAGAGCGGAGCCCGCGGGACCGGGGAUGUCGCUGCGCCGCCGGGCAGGGCUGCGAGCCCAGCAUCCUCGGACUGCAAAGGCCGGCGGCGGGAUCGCCCUGCUUCCCCGGGCGCGGCGGCGGCGGCGGGAUGCGGCGCUGGCCGCGGCUCGGGGGAGGCGGCGGGGGGCUGCCCGGAGUCGUCGUCCUCCUCGUGCCCUUCGCCGGUGAACAAGGCAGGCGGCUUUCCCGCGAUGGGCGAGCCGGUGUCGGCGGAGGGCAAAACCUCCUCUUCGUCCUUCGGGUACGAAAGCGACGAGGACGAGGAGGCGGCGUGCAAGGCGCGCUGCCCCGGGAGCCCCCGCGCCCGCGGCGGCGGCAGCCGCGACGAGGCGCACUAUAUCAGCACGCACGAGAUCCAGCUCAGCGAGGUGGAGCACGACAUGGACUUCGACGUGGGGCUGGCGGCCCGCUGGGACUUUGAGGACAACAACGUGAUCUACUCCUUCGUGGACUACGCCUCCUUCGGGAGCGACGAGACGCUGGGGGACACGCAGACGGAGGAGGACAAUAGCUGCUACCUGAGCACGACCACCAGCGACCCCAAUAAUCGGACGGACAGCAUCGACAACACCAGCAGCACGGAGAUCGUCAGCAUUAAUUCUGAAAACGAUACCCCCGGCACGGACAAAUGCGCCAGCUCGGAAGAAAGUCAGUCCAAGCACCCCGGCGACACGAGUGAGAAUCCCGCAGGCCAGAUUCUCCUAUCAAUCAAACCGACUUCCAGGGCUAUAAAUGAGUCUAGCAACGUGCACGAAAAGCAAAACAUUAUUUAUGCUGCCAAGCAUGAAGGCGACAUGAGCCUCCGUGUCUCCGCAGCUCCUGAACGCAAUUCAAGUUUAAAACAAGACGCGAUCCAUGACCAUGCAAAAAAAUUUAUUGCGGUCCCCGCGCGUCUGCAAACCAGGUGUGGAGCCAUAAGGGCCAAGGAAGUGGGGGAAUACUCGAGCGGCGCCUCCAGCGCCGUCAGCGAGCUCGACGAUGCCGACAAAGAAGUGCGGAACCUGACUGCGCGGGCUUUCCGCAGCCUGGCGUACCCCUACUUCGACACGCUCAACUUCAGCUCCAGAGCCUCCUCCGCCUCCCUGUCGGACAAUGCCCUGGGGAUCAACCGCUGGUCCACCUACUUGGACCUCAAAUGCAGCAGCCUGGGGCCGAAAGCCGAGCAGAGCCUGCUCCGCGGCCCCGGCCCCGGCCCCGGCGGCGGGCAGCUCUGCGUGCGCUCCAACAAGUCGCAGACGAAAGCCCUCGAGUUCGUGGUCAGCAAGCUCGACGGCGAGAUCACGCACGUCGAGGCGCCGCCGGCGGCGGCGGAGCGGCGGCGGGCGGGCUCCCGGGUGGUGACCCUGCUGGGCACGCUCAGCGUGGGCGGCGAGGCGAGCGGCGCCGCCGAGGCCGGCCGGCGCCCGGAGGCGGCGGAGGGGGCCAGCAAGAAGUCCAAGUUCGCCUCCAGCCUCCUCAAAAACGUCAUCUCCAAGAAGAUGCAGCUGGAGCACGAGUUCAAGAUGGAGCGCGGCGAGAUCACGGACACCUCGUACACGGGUCUGUCGGGCGCCCUGGGCGGCGGCCGCGAGCCCGAGCCCGGCGGCGGCGGCCGCGAGAGGCCGCGGGAGGGCGGCGUGCAGCGGCAGAGCUCCCGGCACUCGGAGGGCAGCUCGGACUACACCGUGGUGACGGCCGAGGAGGCGGGGGAGCCGGGCGGCAGCAGGUCGCCGGCCUCCAAGGCGUCGACGCCGCGCGAAGGGGGCCACAGCCUGGACAGAGCCGCGCCGGCUGCGGAGGAGGCGUGCGAGGUGAAGCGGAGCGCCUCGGAGGCCAUCAAGGCCACCUUCCUGCGCAGCCAGAACAGCGCCUUCAGGUCCUGGAAGGAGAGGGAGGCGGAGAGGAAGGAGGAGAGGGCGCCCGUGGGGAAGCUGAAGCUCUCCUCGCGGCACGACUGGAGGGCCGACCUGGGCGAGCUCUCGGCCGGCAAGUCCACCAGGAUGUCGCGGCUCUUCGUGCCCACCAUGCAGCACACCGCCAAGGAGAAGGAGCCCGGCAAGCAGGCGACCAAGUGCUCCACGGCCGCCUCGCCCUGCGCCGUGAAGCCCAAAGCCCCCGAGAUCAAGAUCAGCCUGGGCAGCGUGCAGCAGCCCGCCGAGCCGCCGUUCAGCAUCGCCCAGCUGCUCACGCCGCACAUCGCCUGCGCCGCCCCCGCCGCCCUCCCGCGGGCGCCGGACGAGGCCCGCGGCCCGCAGCAGAGGCCGCUCAAGGGCGACGGCGCCGACAAGGUGCCGCAGUUCCUGGUGCGCGACGUGCGGGACGGCAAGCACAAAGCGCAGGGGCCCAUCCACCAGGUGAGGGACGUGAGGAAGCUCAUCAAGAGCUCCUACAGCUGCGACUCGGGGGAUAACAGCAGCGACAAGGGCAGCGUCGCCUCCGACCAGGGCGGCUCCGAGCAGAAGCCGCGGCAGCUGGUGAUCGCGGGCAUCCCCCGGUCGCUGUCCCCGGUGGUCAUCACCUGCCAGGCCGUCGGCAGCGGCGGCGCCAGGGCCGCCGAGCCCGGCGCCAAAGCCGCGGCGGGCAGGGCGCUCGCCUGCCCGCCCGAAGGCACCAUCCUGGUGCACCGCACCUCCGGGCGGCUGCCCGUGGCCACCAUCGCCCCCAACAAGAGCGACCCGCGCCAGCCGGCCGUGCUGAAGAUCGUCUCCAAGUCCGCCGCGCCCUGGCGGCACCAGCCGCCCCCGCCGCCGCCGCCGCCGCCCGCCGAGAAGGGCAAAGCGGCGGCGGGCGGCGGCGAGGAGGACCCGCGGGACGAGGGCAAAGCGGCGCCGGUGCAAAACGCGCUGGAGAAGCUGACGGCGGCGGUGCGCAGCAUGGAGGAGCUGUACAGCUUCAACAAGCGCGAGUGGAAGCGCAAGAGCGACCCGCUGCCCAUCACCGACAGCCACGUCCUCUCGCUCAUCGCCAGCGAGGAGCGCGGCGCCGCCCCGCGGCCGCCCGCCGCCGCCAAGCCGCAGGAGCCGGCGGCCAAGGGCCCCGCGGCGCCGGGCGCCGAGCGCCUGCCGCGCCGCGCCUCCCACCCGGCCGCCGCCGACAAGGUGUCGGCCAAGGCGGCCGCCUUCGAGAGCCUGGCCCGGCAGCGGCAGCGCGGCCCGCCGCCGCCCCGCGCCGAGCCGCCCGCCGCCGGCCCCCGCGGCCCCGCGCCCAGGGCGGCGGGCGGCGGCGCCCCCGCGCCGGGCAAGGCGGCGGCCGACGGCGGCCUCCAGGGCCAGGCGGCGCCGCGGCCGCUCAAGCUGCCGGCGGGCGGCGGCGAGGCGGAGAAGGGCCCGGACUACCUGGCCAUGCCGCUGAAGGCGGCCGCGGAGCCGCCCCCGCCACCGGCCGCCGCCGGCGGCGUCCGCCCCAGCCAGGUGUCGGCGGCGGCGGCGGCGGCCGCGCUCUGCAGCCUGCAGCCCUUCGGCGCCGCCAAGCGCCCGGGCGGCGCCGCCAGCCCCGGCCCGCCGCCGCCCGCCCUGCCCGCCGCCGAGUGGCGGGGCGCCGAGGAGCCUCCCGCCCCAGCCGCCGCCGCCCCCCAGCCCGCCGAGGUGCCGCCGGCCGCCGUCUACCCCCAGCCGCUGCCCUUGGCGGCGCUGCCCGGCGCGCCGCCGCCGCUGCUCUGCUUCUCGCCCUCGGUGGCCGCGCCGGGGGCGGCGGCGGCGGCGGCGGAGCCCUUCCCGCAGACGCAGCGCAAGGUGCUGCUGGACGUGAGCACGGGGCAGUACUACGUGGUGGACACGCCGGUGCAGCAGCCCCUCAAGCGGCGCCUCUUCGACCCCGAGACCGGGCAGUACGUGGAGGUGCCGGUGCCGCAGCCGCCCGCCGUGGGCCCCGUGCCGCUGCCCCUCUCGCCUCUGGCCCUCAACGCCGGCGCCUACGGCGCCACGUACAUGCUGUACCCGGGCUUCCUGCCCACGGCCGCCGUGCUGCCGGCCGGCGCCCUGCCGCGCCCGCUCUCCCACCCGGGCAGCGAGGCCAGCGCCGCGGCCGAGGCCGGCAGCCCCGGGGCGCCGGCGGAGGCGGCCUUCGCCGAGAGCCCCUACUACGUGGCCACGGGCAAGGGGCCGCCGCCGGCGCGGCGCGGGGCGCCCGAGGCGAAGCCGCUCGUCAGCAUCAGCUCGGCGGCCGCGGGGCCGCGCCUCGUCGCGCCGCCCUCCUUCGACGGCACCACCAUGCGCUUCGUGGUGGAGCACCGCUGAGAGCCGCCGGAUGAAGGCAGACGAAUCACCCUCCUUUAAUCUGGAAUACACUUGGUAACUCUAAAUAAUCAUCCUAAAAACUGCUUCUACAGUUUUCUCAUUUUUUGCUUCAUACAAAGCAAGUGUGCACAAAUUGAAAUUGCCUUCAGGAUGAAAUGCACUGCAAGUAUACAGAUAAUUGAAAUUAAAUUAAAUAGAACUCUUCGGCUUUAAUGGACUAAUUUUGACUGGCAUAUGGUUUUGGAUAUCAGAGGAACUGUGUCUUUGUCUGCUGUAAUCUCUCUGGAUAGAGCAACUGGUGAAGAGGACUGGGAAGAAUGCAGAAUUAGUAGAUAAUUCCCUGAUGUCAGUAGUAAGCAAGCUAUCCAGGAUAAAACCAGACAAUAUGGUAUGUUUUGGUGGAAGAACCUGUUUUAUAAUUGCUAUCAUCUGGUGCUGCCACUACUGAGAACAAUUUGCUUCAUAAACCUCACCUAUAGCUACCUAGUUUAUUCAGCUGUUUUAUUUUUGAGGUUCCUGUCAUCUAAUUACCAAGCUAGAACCUGACGCUGCAAAAUAAGGCAUGUCGGGUGCAGUUUGUAACUACCCCGCUUUCCAUCGACCUCACCUGGACUAGGCACACGUUUCUAGUUGAAAAUGUACUUUAAAACCUUGCUCAAUUGGGAUUUCUACGUAUUUUACUAUUUUUUAACAAAUCGUGCUGUAUUCUAAGGCACAUGGACAUUGUAACAUUCAUUAGGUACGUUUGUAGCUCCUAAAAGGUAACCAUGUUUAAGCACUUCAGUUCCUUCUGCACUGUAAGCUCUCUGGAGCCACUCUGAAUUCUUUGUCAGAUGCUCUCAAUAGAUUAGAGUUGACUUUAUAGGUAACAUGUAUUCGUUGUAAAUCUGGGGUAAGUAUUUUACAAGUUGUAUGUGUGUUAAUCCAGUAUC